GGCUAAUAGAGCGCGUCUUGAGGGGUGCCCUGCCUGAGUGGGGAGCAGAGUGCUGACGGGUUGGUAAGCCAACUGGACAGGGGUGAACUCACAAUUGCUCUUGUGAGGCCGCAGCCCUGGGGCUAGGGGGACACGGAGCUCAGCAGCCCAACCUACGGCCUGGACACGAUGCAUCCUAGCAGGCGCAGCCUUCCUUUCCCCCUGAACUGUCAGCUUGUUAGAGUUGGGACUGCUGAUUAUGGAGGUGCCUCGGAGCAGAGCGAUCAGCAGCUGGACUGCGCCUUGGACCUGAUGAGGCGCCUGCCUCCACAGCAGAUUGAGAAGAACCUCAGCGAUCUGAUCGACCUGGUCCCCAGUCUGUGUGAAGAUCUCCUGUCAUCUGUUGACCAGCCCCUGAAAAUUGCCAGAGACAAGGUGGUGGGCAAGGAUUACCUUUUGUGUGACUACAACAGAGACGGGGACUCCUAUAGGUCACCGUGGAGUAACAAGUAUGACCCUCCUUUGGAAGAUGGGGCCAUGCCAUCUGCUCGGCUCAGAAAGCUGGAGGUAGAGGCCAACAAUGCCUUCGACCAAUACCGAGACCUGUAUUUUGAAGGUGGGGUCUCAUCAGUCUACCUCUGGGAUCUUGAUCAUGGCUUUGCUGGAGUGAUCCUCAUAAAGAAAGCUGGAGAUGGAUCCAAGAAGAUCAAAGGCUGCUGGGAUUCCAUCCACGUGGUGGAAGUGCAGGAGAAGUCCAGCGGCCGUACUGCCCAUUACAAGUUGACCUCCACGGUGAUGCUAUGGCUGCAAACCAACAAAUCCGGCUCGGGCACCAUGAACCUGGGAGGCAGCCUAACCAGACAGAUGGAGAAAGACGAAACUGUGAGUGACUGUUCCCCACACAUAGCCAACAUCGGGCGCCUGGUGGAGGACAUGGAAAACAAAAUCCGAAGCACGCUGAAUGAGAUCUACUUUGGAAAAACAAAGGACAUCGUCAACGGGCUGAGAUCUCUUGAUGCUAUCCCCGACAACCACAAGUUUAAGCAGUUGCAGAGGGAACUUUCUCAAGUGCUGACCCAGCGCCAGGUCUACAUCCAGCCUGAUAAUUGAGCCGACCCAGGUCUGUGCAGACGUUUGCAGACAAAUCAAAGCAAGAAGCGCUUAAGAACGACCUGGUGGAGGCCUUGAAGAGAAAGCAGCAGUGUUGAAGACCUCUGCUUCACGCUAACCGGACACGCCAUGCACUCGUUAGGUUCCUUUCUUUAGAAAACUCGUUUUCUGCUCCUUUUCCCUCUUCCUUUCCCGCCCUGACAGGUCACAUAACAGUUUGCAUCGACCACGCAGCGCCAUCUCUCCCCCAAAAUAAAGUCCGAUAACCACCCUCCUCUGGCUCCAAGGCCUGCUUCCCACGACGUUUCCAUAGAGACCGUGUGGUUUUGUUCGCCUGUCCCCCUUCCUUCCCUUGCCCAUUUAUAGGCACAGAUACACUGUCUGACACCGCUCCCUCCAUCUUUUUGUUACAUUGGUGUAAAAAAUGUAAAACAAAAAAUUUUAUGAACUAACUGGUGUGUGAGAGAAGAAACUGGAGAUCUGAUCCGUGUGUGUGUGGGAGUUGCUUGGAGUCAGGGCUGGGGACAGGGGACAGCAGUGGAGGAAGGAGUGAUGUCCUCAGCACUGUCCUGCACAGGUGGACCCUUGUCCCAAGGAGACCAUGCUGGGGUGGGGUGGGGCUGGCGACCGGCUGCUCUUCAGGCCAGGUGCUUUUCUGUCAAUUUUUAUGGAAUGCAAAAGGAGUUUUUUGUUUUAUUUUGGUUUUUUUUUGUAAAGCUUAAACAG